UGUUUUUUGUGUCCUGGUAAGUGUUGAAAAUGCCUCAUCUAUAUUUUAAAAGAGAAGGAUGAAACUUUGAUCAGCUGUGACUACACAGUGAAUUAAUAGGUUUCUGAUGAAGUUCUUAAUCACAUAAACAAACGGUUGAUUGUUAGUAGUGGCAGUUUCAUAUGUAUUCAAAACAACCAGCUCUCUUUGGUGUGUCCCCAUUUUUCUGAUGGCUGUAGAGCAGCUUAACCAGUAAGUCUGGAUUGCAUCGUUAGCAUUUUUUUGUGGGUGUAAAAGUGCUUUGACUUCCUCCCCUGCUCAUAUCUGUCUCCUGAGCUGUGUGAGAGCAGCCAAAAGUUCAUCUCUGGCUCUCUGCAUUAGCUGCAAUGGCCUCUUAUACUGCUUAUAGUGGCUACAGCAAACCACCUCAAUCUUACGCAGGCUCCUACUACGACGAGAAGCAGCCUCAGACCUACGGCGACAACCAAGACUCUGUAUAUGAGGAAAAAUUGAGAAUUGAGAAGAAGAAGCGCCGGGAUGCCAUCUGUUGUGAGGUAGUGGCCCUUAUUAUCGGCUUCAUUGGACUAAUUGGAGUGGCAGCCGUGACAGGCCUGCCGAUGUGGAAGGUAACAGCCUUCAUUGAGGAGAAUAUCAUCGUGUUUGAGACCCGCUGGGAGGGUUUGUGGAUGAACUGCUUCAGACAAGCCAACAUCAGGAUGCAGUGUAAGGUGUACGAUUCUCUGCUGUUUCUGCCUCCGGACCUCCAGGCUGCCAGGGGUCUGAUGUGUGCAUCUGUGGCUCUGACCACCUUCGCCCUCAUCGUGGCAGCAGUUGGGAUGAAGUGUACCAAAGUGGUGGACCAUCGGGCUCGCACCAAGCAUAUUGUUCUUGUGGCUGGGGGCUGUCUGUUCCUCUUGGCCUGUAUCACUACUCUAAUCCCCGUGUCCUGGACAGGCCAUGUUAUCAUCAGGGAUUUCUACAACCCUCUGCUCAUCGACGCCCAGCGCAGGGAGCUCGGGGAGGCCCUUUACAUCGGCUGGGUGACCUCAGCUUUGCUUUUCACUGCCGGAGUGAUCCUGCUGUGCCGUCACGCUCCCCAUACCCAGGACCCAGAUGAGAGGAUUGUGUACAACCCCGGGGCAAAUAUCUACCAACCUGCAUACACAUACCAGCCAUACACGUACCAGCCAGCAUACACCUACCAGCCUCCCUACUCUGCACCCCCACCAGGAUCAGUGGCAUACACACCAACUCAGUACUAGUCCGUUCUGGACUUGUUUCAUAAACUUGAACAUUUGAAUGAGAUUAAUCAAUGGACUAACAAGACCAACAGCAGUCACUGGAAAUGACCACGUUUCCGUACUUCCUCAAAUGGGAUGGAGUGUAUUGCAGAGAUUGAAAUUCAUUAUGGACCUGAUUGUGUUUUGACCAUGAUGAACUGUGCUGAAUAACUGUAUGCUUUGUUUGUUUCCAUAUGCUUAAUUUACACUAAAUUAUACUCAGGCAGAGUAUACUUAAUUUGUAAUAAUAGGAAUAGUCUUUACAGCCACUGCUGGCAUGCUCUGAGAGUAAUUUAUGUACUAGUCCUUUAUAAGAUGUUUAUGUGUGUUUUGAGCUAUUUUUGUAAAUGUACAUAUUUUUUCAAAAUGCUGGUCUAAAUAUGAGGUCAAUUCUGAUUUUCAAUAAAGGAAUAAGCCUGAGAAAAUGGAAAAGUUUGUUGUUUUUUAUUGUCUAAUUAAGGGAGACAAAAAAGUAAAGGGUGUACUAUUGUUUACAUGAUGACCAGUUCUUCUCUCCUGCCAAAAGUUUAGUUUGUCUGAAUUCAAAGGUUUCUGUAGAAACUGCGCCUGUUUCACUCACUGUCAUGCAAAUGGAAUGUUAUGUCAUCUCCAUUGUUGUCAGUGGAAAUGUGCCUAAACUGGUAAAACCAGGCUGUUCACACAGGUCCACCCACAACACAAACCUAGCAGGAGAUUUCAUUUCAUCGAAGCCAAAGCUGCAACUGCCAGCUUUUUCCUGAGCACAGACCGAGACAAAGGACCAAGAUAAGAAAUCCAACACUGACAGUAGCACAUGAACACACCAGUAUUACCUUCAUCUUUUAAAACACACACACCUACAGCAAACAGUGAUGAACAAGUACUUUAAAAGCUUUUUGUGCUACUAUUUCAUAUCCUCAGUAGGUGACUUGAAACAAAGGUAACAUAUGUUCAAAAAUUUACAACAGUGGAUGAUUUGAAUGUGAAACAAACAAACAAAAAAACAAAACAAAGGUAAAGGACCAGAGCUGAUCGAUGCUGAUUAACAGAAUAUUCAGUUAUAUGCAUGCAG